AUGGUGGUGAGCAGAGCACAGCAAUUGGAUACCAUGGCGUUUUUAAUUGUUUUGUUGUUCUCUUUGGCUGCAGCUGAAUACGAGCAAUAUGAAUCAUCGCCUCCACCUUCAUAUUAUUACAAGUCUCCUCCACCUCCACCUUCAUUUCCAUUUCCAUCUCCAUCUCCGCCUCUUCCAUACUACUAUAAGUCUCCACCUCUACCACCAUACUAUUAUAAAUCUCCACCACCACCAUCCCCAUCUCCUCCUCCUCCAUAUUACUAUAAGUCACCUCCACCUCCAUCCCCAUCUCCUCCUCUUCCGUAUCAUUAUAAAUCCCCACCACCACCACCUCCAUCUCCUCCUCCUCCAUACUACAACAAGUCUCCACUUCCACCAUUCCCCUCUCCACCACCCACAUAUUAUUAUAAAUCUCCACCACCGCCUUCCCCAUCUCCUCCUCCUCCAUACUACUAUAAAUCUCCACCACCACCAUCUCCAACUCCUCGUCCUUCAUACUACUACAAGUCUCCACCACCACCAUCCCCUUCUCCACCACCCCCAUACUACUAUAAGUCUCCCCCAAUACCUUCCCCAUCUCCUCCUCUUCCAUACUAUUAUAAAUCUCCACCACCACCAUUUCCAUCCCUUCCUCCUCCAUACUACUACAAGUCUCCACCACCACCAUCCCCUUCUCUACCACCCCCAUAUUACUAUAAGUCUCCCCCGCCGUCUUCCCCAUCUCCUCCUCCUCCAUACUAUUAUAAAUCUCCACCGCCACCAUCUCCAUUCCUCCCUCCUCCAUAUUACUACAAGUCUCCACCACCCUCAUACUACUAUAAGUCUCCCCCACCACCUUCCUCAUCUCCUCCUCCUCCAUACUACCAUAAAUCUCCACCACCAUCAUCUCCAUCCCCUCCUCCUCCGCACUUCUACAAAUCCCCUCCUCCACCAUCUCCCUCACCUCCACCUCCAUAUUAUUACAAGUCCCCACCUCCACCAUCUCCCUCACCUCCUCCCCCAUACUACUACAAAUCCCCUCCACCACCACCAUCCCCUUCACCACCUCCACCAUCUCCCUCACCUCCUCCCCCAUACUACUACAAAUCCCCUCCACCACCAUCCCCUUCACCUCCACCACCACCUCCACCUCCAUCUCCAUCUCCUCCUCCACUGUAUUACUACAAAUCCCCACCUCCACCAUCACCAUCUCCACCUCCACCUCCACCUCCACCUCCACCUCCACCAUACUACUACAACUCUCCUCCACCACCAUUAUACUACUACAAAUCCCCUCCACCGCCCACCUAUUGA